AUGGCUCCCCAUCCUGCUCCAACCUCUACAUGGCACACCAAAACAUAUCCAUCUAUAUGUCCCGCCCGUCCGGAGCUUUCUGCCCGAGGAAAGGCAGUAGUAAUAACAGGAGGCGGUACUGGCAUUGGUGCAGAGACCGCUCGCUACUUCGCCGAAGCAGGCGCAUCUCGGAUUGCCCUGAUUGGUCGUAGGGUUAAGCCUCUACUCGAUACUAAGGCCUCUAUCGACCAAAGUUUUACAGAUAUUGAAGUAUCUAUAUUCUCUAUAGAUAUUACAAAGAAGGCCGAGGUAGAUGAGACCUUCGUACGGUUUAUUGGCGACGGAAAACUUCAUAUUUUGGUUAGCAACGCAGCUUCGAUCGGCCCUCAGGAUCCUAUAGAUCAAGCGGAUGACAAGUUACUCGAAGCAAUUCAGCAGAACCUUAAAGGUGCAUUCUAUAUUGCCCAGGCUUUCCUUCGCUAUGCUUCAACCGAUGCAGUUGCAAUCAACGUUUCUUCCUCCGCUGCACAUCUGGAUUUUGUUCCUGAUUUCGCCGCAUACAGCAUCGCUAAGAUGGCGAUAAUUAGGCUCUGGGACUCUCUGGCCUUUGCACACCCGGAAUUAAGUGUUUUUCACGUUCAACCUGGCGUGGUGGACACUGCGAUGAAUAGGGAAGCGAAUGCAGCUGGGAUUAAGUUUGUUACUAAUAAAGAUGACGUGUCUCUCCCAGCGAGCUUCCAUGUUUGGCUGGCAAGUCCCGAGGCGCGUUUCUUGAAGGGCAAGUUUCUAUGGGCAAAUUGGGAUGUAGAUGAACUCAAGGGCCAAGCUAUGGAGAUUAAAGCAAGUGCGAAACUUAGAAUUGGGCUCGUUGGAUGGCCGUUUCAGAACGGUAGCCAAGUUUCCUAUUAG